GGAAGCGACUCGAGUUACAGAGAGCGGGGGGCCUUUGACACCCCCGAGGAGGGAGGGAGAGAGGGAGGGCGGUGUGUGGAGACGUAAGGAGGAGAAAAAGCUAGUAAACCUGACAAAGCGUCUGCUGUCGGCGAAGAGACGAGGACACACGCUGAUGGAUUUUAAGACAUUUUGUUUCAGACAUCUGUAUUACUGAACUUCGUGAUCCCACUAGCACCUUUUUAGUUGACAAGUACACCGUUGGAUUGUUGCUGCGCGCUGGAAGAAGAAAGAGGACGAAAGUUUCGGGGCUACUUAUUCGCUGUGACUUCUUUCUUUUGAGCCCACUUCCACGGAUAAAACACCUAAAAGUAGGAUUUUUCUACAUGGCAGUGGACUACUCUGUAAAUCGGGCUUGGAAUAUAUUAUGUGAUUUGUUCUGAGUGUGGAUUAGUCACAUCCAAGCAGAUUUUUCUUUGGUGCACUGAGGAGUUGGAGACAUUUCUCCCUGUGGAUUGAACCCGUGUUCUGUCCUCCCUUCCUAACCGUGCAUGCCAAAACACACAGCUACACGACUUCAGUCCUCUCUGCCCAGGUGAUCGGGUGAAUUCCACUGCGUGACAGGCUGACCCGGCAGCAGUUGAUGGUUGGGCGGACCCCCUCAGAUGGGAUCAGUGUCCAGGAGGCGGUGGAGAAGGGGGGUAUGGGGAGCCCUGGCAGCAAAUAACGGGAUGGCCUCAUGGGCCUGGCUGCUGGCUGCCGUCCUGCUGUCCCUGCUGACUGUCAGCGCGGCCCGACCGCCCCUAACCUCCACCAAGGAGGAGGAGACCACCCUAGAACCUGAAGACACAUCGAACAAAUACCAAAUAUCUAAGCCCACGGUGUGCUCAGUGCACCCAGGGGAGGUGCUGAAGCUGAGCUGCCCUCUGCCGGCAACGGGGACCAUCACCUGGACCAAAGACGGCAGCUCUCUGGGCACCAACAACCGCACACUGAUAGAACAGGAGGUGCUGCAAAUCCGUGAUGCCACGCCCAAGGAUUCGGGCCUGUACGCCUGCACCAGCGUGGGCAAAGACACGGUCUGCUUCAUAGUCAAUGUCACAGAUGCCAUUUCGUCGGGGGAUGACGAGGACGAUACAGAGCGAUCAGAAGACACAGGGGCAGAUGGAGAACAGCUAAGCUCCCCGUAUUGGACCUCGUCCGCAAAGAUGGAGAAGAAGCUGCAUGCGGUUCCAGCUGCCAACACAGUGAAGUUCCGCUGUGCUGCAGGAGGCAACCCCCGGCCCAAGCUACGCUGGCUAAAAAACAGCAGGCCUUUCCGCCAAGAGGACCGCAUGGGAGGUUAUAAGGUACGAAGCCAGCACUGGACUCUGAUAAUGGAGAGUGUGGUUCCAUCAGACAAGGGCAACUACACGUGUUUGGUGGAGAACGAGUUUGGAUCCAUCAACCACACCUACACCCUGGACGUUGUGGAGCGGUCCCCUCACCGGCCCAUUCUUCAAGCUGGCCUGCCCGCCAACACGACGGUUUAUGUCGGAGAGGACGCCCGCUUUGUCUGCAAAGUGUACAGUGAUGCCCAACCUCAUAUCCAGUGGCUGAAACACAUCACUCAGAAUGGCAGUCGCUAUGGUCCCGAUGGGCACCCUUAUGUCAAAGUACUAAAGACCGCGGGUGUAAACACCACAGAUAAGGAGAUAGAAGUUCUCUACUUGCCCAAUGUAACAUUUGAAGCUGCUGGGGAGUAUACGUGCUUGGCGGGUAAUUCUAUUGGGAUCUCCUAUCACACUGCUUGGUUGACGGUGCUUCCAGCUGCAGAGAAAAACGCAGAGCCCCUUCCACCCGACUAUGUGGAGAUUGCUAUUUACUGUGCAGGCGUCUUCCUCAUUGCCUGCAUGGUGGGCAUCGUGGUGGUGUGCCGCAUGAGGAACACGGCAAAGAAACCGGACUUUGGCGGUCAACCUGCAGUUCACAAACUGAGCAAACAGAUCCCUCUGCGCCGCCAGGUAACAGUGUCGGCCGACUCCAGCGCUUCUAUGAACUCCAACACACCUCUUGUACGUAUCACCACGCGUCGGAGUUCAGCACACGAUGACCCGAUUCCUGAGUACGACCUUCCUGAGGAUCCACGGUGGGAGUUUGCCAGAGACAGGUUGACCCUGGGCAAACCCCUCGGUGAAGGCUGUUUCGGCCAAGUGGUAAUGGCAGAAGCUCUUGGCAUCGAUAAAGACAAACCCAAGGAGGCUGUAACUGUCGCUGUCAAAAUGCUGAAAGAUGACGCCACCGAAAAGGACCUGUCUGACCUGGUGUCAGAGAUGGAAAUGAUGAAGAUGAUUGGUAAACAUAAGAACAUCAUCAAUCUGUUGGGGGCCUGCACACAAGAUGGCCCUCUGUACGUAAUAGUGGAGUAUGCUUCCAAAGGUAAUCUUCGGGAGUACCUCCGAGCCCGUCGACCUCCUGGGAUGGAGUACUCCUACGACAUUGCCCGUGUCUCAGACGAACAGCUCACUUUCAAAGAUCUGGUCUCAUGCACUUAUCAAGUGGCACGGGGCAUGGAGUACCUUGCAUCCCAAAAGUGUAUACACAGAGAUCUGGCCGCCAGGAAUGUCCUGGUCACAGAAAGCAACGUCAUGAAGAUCGCUGAUUUCGGCUUGGCCCGCGAUGUCCAUAACAUCGACUACUAUAAAAAGACGACCAAUGGUCGUCUUCCCGUUAAGUGGAUGGCUCCCGAAGCGCUUUUUGACCGAGUCUACACUCAUCAGAGUGAUGUGUGGUCUUUUGGGGUGCUGAUGUGGGAGAUCUUCACCCUAGGGGGCUCCCCAUACCCUGGCAUUCCCGUUGAGGAGCUCUUCAAGCUGCUCAAAGAGGGCCAUCGCAUGGACAAGCCAGGCAACUGCACCAACGAGCUCUACAUGAUGAUGAAAGACUGCUGGCACGCCAUCUCCUCCCAUCGACCAACGUUCAAGCAGCUCGUGGAGGAUCUGGAUCGCAUCCUCACCCUCAACACCAAUGAGGAGUAUCUGGACCUGUGCACCCCCACGGAGCAGUAUUCUCCAAUCUUCCCCGACACUCGCAGCUCCUGUUCCUCCGGCGACGACAGCGUCUUCUCCCACGAGCCCUUACCAGAUGAGCCUUGCCUCCCCAAGUAUCAGCACAUCAACGGCAAUGUCAAAACAUGAGUUCCGUUCCCCCCCCCACCGCACUCUUGACCCAAACUCCACCUUAAAACACACUAAGAACAAGACACUUGCCUUGAAACCCUCUCUGCUUCCCGGCCCGCCUCUCUUUGUCCACCUCCUGGCUCCCAGCUGACUUUCGGACCAAUUUGGGACCGGGCUGGCAGCAGCGCUGUUGCACUGCCAUUUGCCACAUCCUACAUGCCCUCAUGUCUUAAGGAGAGGAAAGGAGGAGAGGAUCCCGAUACAAGCUGAGCUUUUAUACAGACUGAAUGAACUGACAUUCUUCAAGGGACCUUUUCUCUCUUUUUUUUUCAUAUUAACACAAACUUUUUCAUAUCAGAUCUACACAAGGAGGUUGGGACGAUGUUUGGAGACCUCAUUCCAGCGGCUGGCAUUCCAAGAUUGUUAUUUGCUCCUGGAGGAAUGUAUGGACCAAUGUGAACUUAAAGCAGAUGACUAAAAAUAGGAAGAGGACUAAGAGAAAAGGCUUUGACUAACAAAAAAAAACAAAAAACAGAGGAAUAGGUGGAGAGCGUGCAUAGAAACAGCUUCCCUGUUUAUUUUGUAAUAUUGAUGCCUUUCUUUUUCACUUCUCUUUCCCAAUUAUUGUAGAGAAAAAAUACACAGUAUAAUGUGUAGUUCUGGGUAUAUUUGUAAAUAUCUCCAAAUAUGUAUAAAUAUAUAUUAUAUAUUUACAAUGAAUUAUUUUUUGUAUGCCCUCAAAAAAACUAAAGGUCCUCACCCCGCCUUACACCACUCCCCCACCCAAUUUGGAGAACAUAUUGCACAUAGUUUUUACCAACAGACACACACAGAUGCACAUCUAAAACCCUGUCUUACACACACACACACACACGCGCACACACACACACGCACACAGAGUAUUGGCUUUCAGGUAGCAUGUUAAUUUAUUGACUUGUGAUUUUUGUAUUAAUCAGAAAGUCUAAAAAAAGAACAAAAUCAUGAUGAUAUUAAUAAUGCAAAUGUCUAAAUAAUCCAUGAAAUGUAUUUAAAAUGAUCCCUCAGCAGCAAUGGAAGAAAAUGGCUUGAUUUUAGUGGGAUUGACAGAACCAUGUUUUGUAAGUUUUAUAUAUGAAUGUGAAUAUUAAGUUAAAUGUGUACAUUUUAUAGCCAGCUAAUCCCUUUCUUAUGUAUCAUCGGUGGCAUUUCUGUCCAGACCUUUAACAUUUUCUUAGCUGUACUUUAGGAUCAUCAGGAGUUUUCAGGGUCAACUGUUUCUGGUUUUAAGACACUAAUUCUCCGCUGCCUCGUGUAGAUCAAACGUAGAAGUUUACAGAACAAUCAAACACUUACAAAGUAUGGAAUCAUUCAAGUGGUUUUAUUUUCUACAGGACCAACAUUAAGCUGUUCCCUUGCAGAUGUUCAUGUCACAUUUGCAAAUAAAUAAUUGAAAAAAUA